GUGUUUGUGUACACGGUUUGGUACACUGUGUCACUGUACCGUUCCUUUUAAAUUUUAAUAUUUAUUAUUUUAUUCUACUCUAUGCUGUACCGUGUGUACUAUAAGUAUUACUAUACUCUGUACGUGUGUACAUCGCUUAAAUAAGUAGGUACAGGCCAUAGAGUAGAAUAAAUAUUACAGGCUUUUGUUUAGGUACUUGUUAUUUACUCACUGUCAAUUUGCUGUCAAUCUACUUUGAUUACAAUAUUACUGCGCGGAACGUAAUUUAAACUUAUAAUAUAAAAGCGAAAAUGAAGAUAGGAAAUAAAUACGUUUAAAGCCAAGUGAAGUUUGAAGUUUUGGUCAUAAAAAAUGAGUCUCGUAGAGGGGAAAAGAAUAACUUUUAAACGAGUAAGACCUAAUCCUCUAUUUCAGGAUUGGCUAGAGGAAUUAUAUGAAGAAGCAAAACAAAAAAAGAGUAAAUUUGAAAGCGUCUUAAAGGAAGCUUUAAGUUCCAUUUCAAAGUACCCAUUACCUUUACAAUCUGGGGCCGAGUGCGCUAUUUUGAAAGGAUUUGAUAAACGUUUGUGCCUGCUACUCGAUAAACGCUUGGAAGCCUCUAAAUGUUUUGUAAAUUAUGUAAAUCCAUCUUCUAUCCAUUCAGUUGAAGACUCGUCACCGUCUAAACAAUAUUGUACAACAACCGCAACCGACCAAGGUAAAGAAAAUGAUAUAGAGAACCCAUCAAUUGAAGUUAACUCAAACGACGUUAUUCAAAAAACCAAAAAAGAUAAACCCUACAAACCAACUUUCCGAUCAGGAGGCUAUGCGAUCUUAAUGGCUCUAUUGGAUCAGAGAACGCAUAGUAAUCAAGAGAUGCUAAAUAAAGAUGUAUUAAUUGACAGAGCACAAAAAUAUUGUGAAGAGUCCUUUGUAAGACCAAAACCUGGUACGCAUUACACUGCAUGGUCCAAUAUGAGGCGUUUAAUUAUAAAAGGGUAUGUUAAAAAGACUGGAAAUGGCAGUAAGAAAGCACAAUAUUCCUUAACUGAAAUAGGAAUCGCUAUUGCUAGUGAACUUGUUAUAGAUACGAAAAAUAAGCCAAGUAUUAAUGAUAUAAUUUUUAAUGAUCGACCAAAUGAUGCUCAAACCUCACAGUAUAUAGAACCUGAGGUUAUAUUGCUUGAAGAAUGUAAUUCCUCAAGCACUUAUCCAAAAAAUGUUCCCCAAAUACAAUGUGUUAGAGAUUUGCAUCCAGAAGAUAACUUAAACUGUGAUUUAAUAGUAAUGGAUGCAGGUUCCUUUGAUAUAAUACUACUAAUUGAUAAGAAUGAGACCAGCGGGGUAUCUAAAAGGAAUGAUCCAACGGUGGCACAAUUUAAUAAGUUUUCUGAUUUGAAACAUGAAUAUCGGAGUUUGAAAGUUGGUGAUUUUACAUGGGUGGCUCGUCAUAGAACCACAGGCCAAGAAUUAGUUUUACCAUAUGUUGUAGAGAGAAAGAGAAUGGAUGAUUUAGGUGCCAGUAUAAAGGAUGGGAGGUUUCAUGAACAGAAAUUCAGAUUAAGAAAGUGUGGAAUAAAAAAUGUUAUUUAUAUGGUAGAGAACUAUGGAAGUAAUAAACAUGUAGGACUCCCUGUCCAGACCUUGAUGCAGGCAUUAGCAAACACGAGAAUGCAAGAUGGUUUCAAAGUCCAUGUGACUGAUUCUCUGACUCAUUCAGUAAGAUUUUUAGCGAUGAUGACUUUAAGAUUGGGUUAUGAAUUUAAGGACAAAACACUAAAAGGACGUAAUAAAGAAACAAGUGACAAUAUACUUAUGACAUUUGAGUUUUUUAAUAAAUCCACAUUAAAGAACAAACCGCUCUCAGUGAUAGAUACAUUUAUAAAAAUUCUACUUCAGCUUAAGGGUGUUUCAGUGGAAAAGGCGCUAGCUAUAACAAAAGUAUAUAAAACUCCAAAAUCCCUCAUAGAUGCUUAUAAAUUUUGCACACGGAAGGAGGGAGAAAUGCUUUUGGCUAAUCUGAAAUGUGGAGAAAUGAAUCGUAAUGUUGGGCCAAGUGUUAGUAAAACUGUUUACCAAUUAUUUACAUUUAAAAAUUUCAACUGACAUGGGUUUUAGAUGAAAAAUUGUUGUAAUUGUUUACUAGUUGUUUAUAUGGAAAUGUUUUAUUUUAAUCAAGGCUAUAUGAUAUUUUUCUAAAAUGUUCAUAAUAAUAUAUUUUACUAAUAUUUAAA